AAUGAAGAAUACAAUGUAGAAAACCUUCAACCGGGCUUUGGAUUGCUGCUUGUUCUUGUGGAGAGAUUCGAGCAAGCUACUGAUCGGGAGGGUCAUCGGCCAGAGCAUCUUUGUCGGGCGAACAAUGAUGUCACGGAGCAAGCCGGCAAUGCCAUAUCCGAUGAGUUGGGAGGACAAAGUGAUGAACACACCGGCUGCAUGGCUCGGGUAGCCGCCGUAGUACAGCUGCUGCACGGCCAGCGCUUCGGUGGCCAAAGCCGACUGAGAUGCCGCGGAGGCCAUCAGGGCAAUGGCGGCAUGUUCCUUGGCAUUAAACGGCCCCGGUUCAGAAGGCGUCCAAUCCAACCGCGACGAGGGAUGGCAUACGCCAUGCCCUCACCAAGGACAUAG